UUUGUGCAACGCCUGCAGAGGGUGUGGUGUGUGAACCUGGCAGGAGGGAGCGAUCAGACAGUGGCAGCCCUGGGGUGUGGUCAGGCGUGGGCCAGAGCUGAGGCUGGGAUUAGCAGGGCUCUGCUCCCCUCUGUGGCUUCUCCUAACAGGCACACACGCUAGGGUGCCCUGUGUGAGCCCCCCAGCGUGCACACCUGCCGCUCCCAUUGAAUCCAGCCGGAGAUGCCAGAAGGCCCAUCUGUGAAGAGGUUCCAGCUGCUGACUGCUCCUUUUGUGGGGCAGGUAGUGGCCAAGGUGGGAGGAAGCAGCCGGCAGAGAAACCUGAAGGAUCUGAAAGCAACGAGGCUCCAGGACUCUCAGGCCUCUGGAAAGAAUUUAUUCCUGGCAUUCGGUGCGGCUCUGGAAGCAUGGGCCAUGGGUGGAAGCCCAUCUCCAGGUCCUGUGGAAGACGAACCAACCAUCCAAGGAAAGGCCGACCGCGGGGCACGCUCCCUUGCCCUUGCUCAGGAAGGACAGGAGGAGGAUGUCGCUCAGCUAAGCCCCGAAGAACACAGUGUGCGGAGGAAGCAGGAAACGGAAUGCUCAGUGCCUGAUGCCUCAGACGCAGCAGGGGACACUUGGAAAUGGCUGCGCUUCCAUUUUGGUUUGUUUGGCAGCAUCCGGGCUAAUGAGUUCUCGAGAGCGAAUAAGGCGAACAAAAGAGGGGACUGGAAGGAUCCCGUGCCCAGGUUGGUUCUGCACUUUGACAGCGGGGGCUUCCUCGUCUUUUACAACUGCCAGAUCCACUGGUGCACCUCUCCCGCUGUGGAACCUGCUUCUGACAUCCUGUCUCCCAAGUUCCAUCGGGGGCAGGCCUUGGCAGCCCUGCGCCAGCCGACGUCCAUCUGCUACACUCUCCUGGACCAGAGAUAUUUCUCCGGUCUGGGGAACAUCAUUAAGAACGAGAUCUUAUAUUUGGCAAGGAUCCACCCAUUAUCGCAAGGCUCGCUCUUGGCUCUCUCAGCUCUUGAAUCCUUGCUGGAUCAUGCUGUUCAGUUCAGCACAGACUGGCUGCAUAAGAAGCUGGCUGGAAAAGGAUUACACUAUCAGAUCUACCUGAAAGAAAAAUGUCCUCUUGGGCAUGAGGUGAUGCAGGGAACUUUUGGACCCCAAGAUGGGUUUAAGAGGCUUAGCUGGUGGUGUCCUCAGUGCCAGCCUCGAGUACCUCCUGAAGGGAAUGACCCCAAAUCGCUUAAACACUGAGUGAACAAAUAUGCCAGCCUGAAUGUGGAUUAUGAACACACUCUCCUUUCUUGCAGAACGUCGCCGUCUGGUCUUUUUGUGACAGGCUGUCAGUUGUGCUGAGCAGAAAUCACUUAUCCUGAAGGCAACACGUGGAGAGAAAAUAGAGCGUCAUUAAAAAGGGAGGGGAUGUUUUUGUGACGCUCCCAAGUCAUUAUUGAGCUAUGAAGAGAAAUAAAGCAAACAGUAGUAGGUGUAAGUCUCCCCCAGAAAGUAGGAAUUGUAGUCACUGAAAUACUUGGCACGUUCAGAUUUGCUUGUGUAAAAAGUUGAAUAUGUUCAAUUUUUCUUCUGCCAGUGAAGCAGUAUAAAUAACUUCAGUGUGAUUGUCUCCUUUGUUUGACUGUUUUGCAAACCUCCUACCAAACCAAUUGGCUGGGAAGAGUAAGUAAUGGGAAGUAGAACUUUUCUCCCCUAAGCCAGCGAUUCACAGGCAGCCGGCUUGAUGGUGAUUAAGCAUUCUUAUGACCCUAACAGGUUGGCAGCAUGUGUUCACAUCCCAAAACCAUUGGCACCCUUAUUGGCACUCUCAGCCAAGAGCCAGGGAUAGAAGUGGUCCUUCCAGCUCAGGGCAGAGUGGGGAAAGCUUUUACUACAGCUGCCUGUUCUAGCUUCUGACACGGAGCUCUCGCAAUUCAAUGAGAAACUCUUUUCUGCCAACACCAGCCUGCGUUGUUGGAGAAAGAAAUCAUGCUCUUGAUCAGCUUUAAGAUGUUACAAUCAACUCAUUUGCAUUGUGGCUUAGAUCCAUGUUAGAUGUGUGCUCACCAGGUGUUGACGCUGCUGCAUCAAUUAUUUUUAAGAGGAUGUGUCUGUUCCCAAAGACUUUGACUCUGGAGAAAUAAUCAUAACAAAUAUUCACGAUUUCCUAACAGGUAGACAAGACACUCCCUAAACUUGCAAACUGCAUCACCUGCUAGCCUUCCUGAGGCAAAAGCUUGAAUGAACAGAAGAGGCUGCAUUCCGUCCUGGUGUUACUUGACUUCAGUGGGGGUAACACCAGGGCUGAUCUUGGCCCAUGGUAUUUAUGCUUUGCAACUAGACAGUAAUAAACUUGAGGCUGGGUCAGACUAAUAGGGUGGAGAGAGCGUCAGAGUCAAAGGCCUCCACUGGGAACAGACUGCCUCCAGCCAUUCCAAAUUUGCUUACUGGGAGUGCUGUGGCAGCGUACAGGGAAAAAGGCUCUUUCACUUAAACCCAGAUCCAAAGCCCAGUGAAUCCAUUGGGUUUUGGAUCAGGCUUUAGCUAGACCCUAAACAUAUACAGCUG